AUGGAUGUUAUCAGCACUACAGGGAAUGACAGCAUCUUCAACACCACCCCUUUUCAGGACUUCACCACCCCCACCCUUCCAAAUACAACUCCAACAGUCACAUUAGCGGGCGCCAUUCCACCUUCAGGGAUCCCACCCUUUGAAUCCCCCAACAACGCAGAUUCCCAUGAACCCCCCAACAUCCUCCUUGGCUCCAGUGAUUACAGCAACAGCGCCUUCUCCAGUAAUUACACCAACAGCAACUUAUCCAGUAAUUACAGCAACAGCAUCAUCACCAUCUUCGAUGACACCAAAGCUGGAUUCAUCCCAGAUGUGGUGACGUACUUCAUCAUUUCCAUCGGCCUUCCUCUGACCCUCGUCGCCAUCUACGCUCUCUACUCUGUGGUACGCAGUGACCACGUUGUUCCCAUCUACGUCAUCAACCUUCUGGUCUCUGACCUCAUCCAGCUCUGCUGCAUGAUCUGUGAUGUGGUCCAUCCUUACCUCCCCAUGGAAAAAAUUGUCUACGUUAGUGUUUACAACUACAGUCUGAUGACCAGUGUGGGCUUCAUGGUGUGCAUCGCCCUGGAAAGGUACCUGCUGAUCGUCUUCCCCCUGUGGUACCACUGCAGACGAACCAUCCGGUCCACCGUGGUGAUCUGUGUUGUGGCCUGGGUCCUUCCUUCUCUCUACCCUUUUUUUACUUUAUUUUUGCGUAAUAAUUUCACUGUCCCCCAAAUCAUCGCCUUUGUCUUCCUGCUCCUUCCCCUCCCACUGCUCAUGUUCUACUGCUGUGCGUCUCUCAAAGCCCUGUCUGCCUCCGUCUCCAUCCUGCCUGAAGAAAAACGGCGAAUUGCAGGAACUUUGGUCCUGGUGCUGCUAAUUUACAUGCUGCUGUUCCUGCCCAAUGUUAUUUUGAUACUGGUAGAUAUAUGCACAAAAAAACGAUCACUAACCAAUACUCUCUUGUACAUGUCUUCGCCGUUUCUUAAGCUGAAUCCUCUUUUAGACCUGGUUCUGUAUAUCUUCAUGAAGAAAGGGGUCCUAGACAAGAUCUUGGCCUCUACGCGUUGCUACAGAGUGGAAGACAGAGAUCUCAGGAAUCUGGAAAACAACGGUGUGAACUAG